AUGGGAGGUCGAGGGAACGUCGACCGUGUCAAUGAUUUGCCGCCGCCCUUCGUUAAGGGUCUAACUCUCCUCAUGCUUACCAUGUCCGUACAAGACGCUUACCGCAUCCUGGAAAUCUUCGAAGAUGCCAAUUCAGAUGAAAUCAAACACGCCUACAGGAUUACGGCUUUGAAGUGGCACCCAGAUCGUCAACAUAAUGCCCACGAUAAGGAGACAUCGACGAGGCAUUUCCUUGAGGUAACAAAUGCUUAUAGGACUCUCGUGCGAGAAGGUUUCGUGAAGCCUAAGCCUAACUAUUCAACCAUGGCCAAGGACCGUACCCCCCAAGUACCCCGCCCCCCUCCACUGGCCCACCAAACCAGCAGCGACUCUUCUGUUGUUUCACUGGAUUCCUUCAUUCACUUGGUGGCUUCAAGUGAUGAAUCGCAUACGACGGCCCCUCCCAGUAACCGUGAAAGUCUUCGCUCAUCUUGGAAGCAAGGUGUCCGUGAACCUGUGGAAACUCUAGCCUCUCACUACCGUAAUCUCCCCAACCGCCCUCACACGUUUUACGAAGCGCCCACAAAAGGAGCUGGUACAGGGCCUGCCCUGUAUCGACCAACCACUCCCUUCACUCCCAUUCCACGUAACCCAGAGCCCAUCAAAGUACGAGCACCACAGUCGAAAUCAUCCAAACCACCAAAAGUCAAUGGGUCUCCUCGAAGUUCCCAUCUUCAUCUCAAUAAUUACCCCUACCGAAGUCAAGCAUACCACAACCAUGCCACACCCCCAUACUCAAUACCUCUCGUCUCUAUUGGUCUUGGUUCAGCCGGUGAAUGGGUUUACUCUCUAGCAAUCAGCCUGGAAGAGCUCUUCACUGGAAAGCAUUUCCGAUUCGGUAUCUCUCGCGCGUACUUGUCGGGCAAAGCCAAAAGCGUGGUCAUUGAAAUCGACAUUCCGUCGGGGUGUCGGCCGGGCACCCGCAUCCUCUGCCGCAACGUCGGCCACGAGUGGAAGCCUGGUGUGUUCCAGGACAUUGCAUUCAUCAUCGAAGAGGCGCCGCACGAGAGGUUUGUGCGGUUAUAUGACGAUCUUGUCAUGGACGUUCGGCUGCCAUGGGUGGAUAGUCUACGUCGUCAGGGAGGGAAAGUCCCCUUCAUGGGCAUUGAUGGUCGUAGCUUGAUCAUACAAAUCGACUAUCCGAGGGACAAGAAGUUGAAUGGGCGUAGCAUCAUCAAGGGCGCCGGUAUGCCCAUCAGAGAGCAGGGCAAAAUUGUUGGCAGAGGAGACUUGAUCAUUCAGUGGGAGAUUCUUCCUCCUAAGACCAAGAUUCUUCACUUUGUGAGGAGAUUAUGGGGAGGGAAUUAA